AUGGACGCCCGCCUGCGCCGCGUGAACAAGGAGAUCGCAGACUGCAAGAACGACAAGUCCUCAAAUGUAUCCAUCGACCUCGUCGACAGCUCGCCCUUCCACCUCAUCGGCUCCUUCCCCGGCCCAGACGGCACCCCCUACGAAAAGGGCACCUUCCAAGUCGAUAUCGUCAUCCCCGACGCCUACCCCUUCCAGCCCGUCAAAAUGAAGUUCCUCACAAAAGUCUACCACCCGAACGUCUCCUCCGCCUCGGGCGCCAUCUGCCUCGACAUCCUCAAAGACGCCUGGUCCCCCGUGCUCACCCUCAAAUCCACCCUCAUCUCCCUCCAGUCCCUCCUCUGCUCCCCAGAGCCGAACGACCCCCAGGACGCGGAGGUCGCGAAGCACUACAUGACCAGCCGCGGCAGCUUUGACGAUACUGCGCGCUAUUGGACGAUGGUGUAUGCGGGCGGGAACAAGGCGGCGGCGGAGGCCGCCGCCACGGCCGCGGGGGCCCGCGACGAGAUCGCCAUCGCCGGCCUUGAGCGCGCGCACGUCGACCAGUUCACGACGCUCGGCUUCGAGCGCAACAAGGUGAUUGACGUGCUCCGGCGGCUGAAUUACCGCGGCGCGAACGUCGCCAAGAUUACGGAGGAUAGAGUCGUCGAGGAGCUGCUCAAGAACUAGCCGCGCAGCCGCCCCGUGGCCUUCUUGUGGCCUCCGCCCCGCCAUCCCCGCGCACCUGCACCCGCGCAGAGUCGAGUCGAGCCGGGAUCCACUUUUCUCGCGCACGUUCCGUUUCGCUUGUUGUCCCUCUUUCUCUCUUUCUCUCUAUUUCGAGCUUUUUUUUCCCUUUUUUUCGUCGUUGAAUGCAUAAUGCAUCGCUGUUCGGCUAG